AUGGAUUCCAGGCGGGCAUCUGUGCUGCUGGUGCUACUGCUGCUAAUAGCUGACUGGGGCCACACUAAAGAACCAGGAGACCAGAAUGCAUACCAGACCUCAGUGGAGGAAGACAAUGGACUCCAUACAAUGCAGGACACCCAGGCCCCUGGGUCACUCUUGGGAUCCCUGCUCCAGGCGAUGCAGAGAUCCAGCCGGAGCCCAGCUUUCCUGUUUCAGCCCCAGAGGUUUGGCAGAAAUACCCGAGGAUCCUGGGGCAGUGAACGGCUGAGUCCCCGGGCUUGGGAGGGGCUGAACUCCCAGUUCUGGAGCCUGGCUGCCCCACAACGCUUUGGGAAAAAGUGA